AUGCACACAAAUUCUCUUGUUAUGCUGAGCUUCGAUGGCCUUAAGCAGGCUGUUGUUGAGACCGUGGAAAGAUGUUUGUUUGAUCUUGCAAGAGCAUAUGCACCAAGUACAAUUUUCAUUGAUGAAAUUGAUUCUCUGUGCAAUGCUAGGGGGGCUUCUGGGGAACAUGAAUCAUCCAGAAGGGUGAAGUCUGAACUUCUAGUUCAGGUUGAUGGUGUAAACAAUAGUUCCACAAAUGAAGAUGGUACCCGUAAAAUAGUAAUGGUUUUGGCAGCCACAAACAUCCCUUGGGACAUAGAUGACGCACUGAGGUUUGUAUUUGCUUUUCUGCAUCCUUUUCUUAUACUUCUUAAUGUGCAUUGCAAGUGAUAGAAGUAUGCGAUG